AUUUAAAUCAAUCAAAUAUGGGUGAUAAUCCAAUAGAUGUUUUCAAGGAGGAUAUGGAAAAUGAGGAAGUUUAUCUAAAAGUCAAUGCUAUGCACAGAGCUAGAAUUAUCGCAACACUCUUAGGAACCGAUAAAAUAAAGUCUGUUCUUUUGCCAUAUUUUGAAAGUAAUAUUUGAUAAUCAUUUUGUAGCAUUGAUGAAGAAAGAAGAUGAUGAAGUCUUAUUUGCAAUGGCAGAGGAAUUAGGCUAUAUUGCGUAUUUAAAUAGGCUAAUUUAGAUAAAUCAUUCCAUAAUAAUCUAUAUGCUUGUUGCCAAUUUUGGAACAAUUGGCAGGAUUUGAUGAGACUGUGGUACGUGAAUAAGCUGUCAAAUCAAUCACAAUUGUAUGUAAUUUUUUACAAGACAAUGAAAUUGCCAACACCAUUGUCCCCAUGGUAAGACUUAUUCAGAAUUAUUAGAUUUUAAAACUAGCUUCAAAUGAAGCCAAUUUUACCUGUAGAGUUUCUGCCGUCAGUUUAAUGUGUCCCAUGUAUUCUAGAUCAGGAAAUCAGAAAGAAAAGCUCAGAUAGUAUUUUAUGUGAAUUUAACAAUCUAAGGAAAUUCACCGAAUUAUGCAGUGAAGAAACACCAAUGGUCAGAAGAGCAGUAGCAACUAAAAUAGGUGAGAUUGCAUAAUACAUGGAUAAAAAUCACGUCAUAGAAGUUCUGAUAACUGUUUUGAAACAACUAUGUUAAGAUGAAUAGGAUUAAGUUAGAUUAUUGUGCAUGGAAAGCAUAAUGAACAUUGCUAAAAUUCUAAACAUCAAUGAAAACAAGACCAAUAUCUUACCAUUGAUCAUAUCUUCAGCAGAAGACAAAUCAUGGAGAGUGAGAUUGGCUUUGUCAAAGAUAUUUGCAGAGGUAUUUUAUAAGUCCAAAAUAUCUAGUUAGCUGAAGCAGUGGGUAAAGAGAUUGCAGACUCUUCACUAAUUUAGAUCUUUUCAAAUUUACUAAAAGAUGCUGAAAGUGAUGUCAGAGUAAUCGCUGUGAAAAGUUUGGCUAAAUUUAUUAAGUUUGUGUCUCCAGAGAAACUAAACCUUAUUAUUCCCUUAUUACAAUUACUAGCAAAGGAUGCAUUUGCAUAAGUGAAAUGUAAACAUUAUAUAAUAUUCAUAAUCAUUUAGAAAAUGCUUGCUUAGUUAUUGGUUAGAUUGCUACUAUUUUACCUAAAGAAAUUAGUUAAAGCAAACUCCAAUCCUAUUUGAUUGAAUUGAUGAGUGAUGACAAUCAGGAUGUCAGAAAGAAUGCAGCUUAAUCCGUUGGAGUAUUUGCUGCAGCUCUUGGUCCUGAUGCCCUCGGUCAAUUUAUUCCUCAUUUGAAAAAGAGCAUGGAAGAUCCUAAAUGGAGAGUUAGAAAAGAAACAAUGUAGACUGUCUUCCAUUUAGCAUUGUAUUUGUGAUAUAUCAUCCUAGAACCAUAAAAAAUACAGACAUUUUCUUAAAACAUUUAGAACCAGUCUAUGUUUUAUUCUUGAAGGAUAGAGCAGCUGAAGUUAGAACCAUAGGGUUGAGCAGAUUGAAUGAUUUGAUCUAAACUUACAAAAUUGAUUGGGCAUUGGGAAGCUUUUUGUCUAAAUGUUUGGAGACUCUAAAUAAGGACACUGGAUUCUUGUAUAGAAUGAAUGCCUUAUAUGCCAUUUAAUAAAUUGGUCAAGUGGCUGAUGGACCCAUGAUCCAAGAUAAACUAUGGCCAAUUGUUUAGAAGUGCAUGAAGGACAAUGUUCCUAAUAUUAGAUUUGUUAGUAUAAGAGUGGCUAAAUAAUUAUCAAAAAAGAUUGAUCAUCAAGGGACUUUGAAUCAAAUAAAAUAGUAUUUAUAUAAUAAUAACGUAGAGCAAUAAAUGAAUUGACCGAUGACAAUGACAGAGACGUUAAAUUUUAUGCUUAGGAAGCUUUACAAUAUUGAAAUAAUA